AAGAAAAUAAAAGCAAAAAUAAGAAAGAACAAAAACGCUCAGUAUCUCCGGCGAGAGUUGAAACCGAACCUCAGGAUCAAAUUAGGGCACAAAGGCUUCUCGGAGACAGAAGCCAUGGGAAGAAAGAAACUAGAGAUCAAGCGAAUUGAGAACAAAAGUAGCCGACAAGUCACCUUCUCCAAACGACGCAAUGGUCUCAUCGAGAAAGCUCGUCAGCUUUCAGUUCUCUGCGAUGCAUCCGUCGCUCUUCUCGUUGUCUCAGCCUCCGGCAAGCUUUACAACUUCUCCGCCGGCGAUAACCUGGUCAAGAUCCUUGAUCGAUAUGGAAAACAACAUGCUGAUGAUCUUAAAGCUCUGGAUCUUCAGUCAAAAGCUCCGAAGUAUGGUUCACACCAUGAGCUACUAGAGCUUGUCGAAAGUAAGCUUGUGGAAUCAAAUUCUGAUGUAAGCGUCGACUCCCUCGUUCAGCUGGAGGACCACCUUGAGACUGCCCUCUCCGUAACUAGAGCUAGGAAGGUACGUUCACUACAAAAUCUCUUUUUUUUUCUUACUUUCAGAGCGCUUAUAUUUAAUCCGUUGCAGACAGAACUAAUGUUGAAGCUUGUUGAUAGCCUCAAAGAAAAGGAGAAAUUGCUGAAAGAAGAGAACCAGGGUUUGGCUAGCCAGAUGGAGAAGAAUAAUCUUGCGGGAGCCGAAGCUGAUAAAAUGGAGAUGUCACCUGGACAAAUCUCUGACAUCAAUCGUCCGGUAACUCUCCGACUGCUUUAUUAGCCACCUUAAGUCCAAAACUUGUGACUAAAAACAAAAUAAGUUAUCGAACUAUUCCCCUAUAAGGGUGAACGUUGUAUAUCUUCAUUCUCUCUGGCUGAGAGACCCCGUGUGUAAAACUACGGUUAGAUUUAAGUAAAAAUAUAUAUUUAAGACAUACUAAUUAUGGAUC